AUGGAGGACAAAACGUCAGCGUUAUCGAUCUCUGAAGAUUUGUCCCGGAAAAUAAUCUCUCUUGCCGCCGGUGAAGCGCAUACUAUCGCUCUUACUGGCGAUGGGUGUGUUUACUCGUGGGGAAGAGGAAUGUUCGGGCGUCUUGGUACGGGUAAAGAAUCGGACGAGCUUGUCCCGGUUCGAGUCGAGUUCGAGCUCCCAGAUCAAGCCACCGUAGAUCGGGCUCGAAUCGUUGGUAUUGCUGCCGGUGCUUAUCACAGUCUCGCUGUCUCAGAUGAUGGCUUGGUUUGGUGUUGGGGUUAUAAUAUGUGUAUCCUUUAUCUGAAUGUUACCGUCUCUUGCUUGAUUUGA